CCCAGAUAAAGUAUGUUCUCGCGGCUAUGCACAUUAUCCCUUACUUAAGAGACACGUCCCAACUUCUGGAUUGCAUCAACAUUUUCUGUAGGAUAAGAAGCUUUUAAGGUCUAUUUUUUGAAAAGUAAUUAAAGAAAGACUUUCAUGCCAUUGUGUGCCCUGUAUGAGCGUGCAUCCCUUGACUCCUGCAGCUCGUUGUUUUCGACUCUCGUGUUGAGCUCCUCUCCUCCUGCGCGUGGAAACAUGAGGACAGUCAGUCAGAAUCUCUCCUCCCACUCCACAUCAUAUUCCUUCAUUCUCCGCUCAUUUUCUUUCUCCGUCUCUGAGCCCAGAUGCCUCCUGCUUUCACCAGAAACUCCCCUCAGGACUGACUUUAAUCAGCUCUUCGGCGCAGUGUUUGUUUGCUCAGUUAAUUUUGCGUUGCAGAAACAUGUCAAGCCGGGUCAGCGUUGCGAUUUUGCGGUUCAAUUGUGUUUUCUUUCUGGCUGCGAGCCACGUCAAGAGCUCUGAACCGGACUACCUCUUUCCAGACACAGAACAAGAACUCUUCAUCAAGCAGCACUCUGAGUUUUGUGUGGAUCAUCCUGAAAAAGUGGACGGAGAUGGGAAUUUCAUCUCAUAUUCUUUAUCGCAUCACUUCUCUGACAGGCGACAGAAGAGGGACCUGAAUUCAGCAGAGAGGCGAGUGUAUUACAAACUCAACUACAAAGGUCAGGAGUUCACUCUCAAUCUAACCACCAAUGACAAUCUGCUCUCCAAUGAAUAUGUGUUGGAGAAACACAGCGGGAGUUUAACAGAAAAGCAGUCACACACAUCUGGGAGUGGCGCCUGCCACCUCAUUGGCACAGUAACUGAUGGUUACGUGCAGGGAACCGCUGCCAUCAGCACCUGUGCAGGACUGACAGGGCUGUUAAAUUUACCGCAGGGGCCACUAUUGAUCGAGCCGGUCCGUGGCCACACCUCAAACGUCACUCAUCCACGACACCCACAUGUGAUCUACUGGAGUUCAACCUGGAGUGGACUCAGGCGGCGACGUAGCACUGAUGCACACAGCAUUCAUCAUAGUCCCUGUGGGGUCAAAGAUGGUUCUGAGUUUUCCCAACAGGUGGAGCAGGAGAGAGAGCACUGGGAGCAGGAGCAGCGCCAGCAGGGUGGGGAUCGUAAUCAUGAUCCGGAUCGAGAGUGGACACGACCACGGAGGAUCUCCCCUCGCUCCAUCAGCAAAGAGCGCUGGGUGGAGACCAUGGUGGUGGGCGACUCCAAACUGGUGGACUACCACGGAAGUGGAAACGUUGAGUCCUACAUCUUUACCAUCAUGAACAUGGUGGCUGGAAUUUUUCACGAUGCCAGCAUCGGUAAUGCUGUCCAUAUCGUAUUGGUCCGGCUCAUUCUGCUACACGGAGAAGAGAAAGGCCUGAAGAUCAUUCACCACGCUGAUACGACUCUCAACAGCUUCUGUACCUGGCAAAAAAACCUCAAUCCUCAAAGUGACACUCAUCCUGCGCACCAUGAUGUCGCUGUACUCAUCACACGGAAGGAUAUCUGCGCAGGCAUGAAUCAGCCGUGUGAGACGCUGGGCUUGUCUCACCUGUCGGGCAUGUGCCAGUCACAUCGCUCCUGUAAUAUCAACGAGGACUCAGGGCUACCUGUCGCUUUCACCAUUGCUCAUGAACUCGGACACAGUUUCGGAAUCCAUCAUGAUGGUCAAGGGAAUGACUGUGAGUUAGUAGGUAGGCAUCCAUUCAUCAUGUCCCGCCAGCUUCACUACGACUCCUCUCCUCUCACCUGGUCCUCCUGCAGCAAGGAGUACAUCACACGCUUUCUCGAUCGUGGUUGGGGCUUCUGUCUGGAUGACCGGCCAUCUAAGAGGGACCUCAGCUCUGCCAUGGCGGCGCCAGGGGUACGAUACACGCCUCAGCACCAGUGCCAGCUGCAGUACGGACCCAACGCCACCUUCUGCUCAGAAGUGGAAAAUGUGUGUCAGAUUCUGUGGUGCUCUGUAAAUGGAUCAUGCCGCUCCAAACUGGACUCGCCGAUAGAUGGAACCAGGUGUGGGCCCGAGAAGUGGUGUAUCUCUGGUGAGUGUGUGAUCGUAGGGAAGUUACCGGAAACAGUGCAUGGAGGCUGGGGUCCCUGGAGCACCUGGUCUCACUGCUCUCGCACCUGUGGAGCUGGAGUCCAGUCAGCAGACAGGGAAUGCAACCAGCCCAAACCUGAGUUUGGAGGCAAAUAUUGUACAGGCGAGCGGAAGCGCUACAGAAUUUGCAACACAAAACCUUGUGCCAGAAAACAUCCCUCCUUCAGAGAGAUGCAGUGCAGUGAAUUUAACACUGUGCCGUACCACAAUGAACUCUAUGAGUGGCUACCUGUUGCAAGCUCAUCACGUCCAUGCGAGCUGCACUGCAAGCCUGUGGAUGAGAACUUUUCUGAGAAGAUGUUGGAUGCGGUUACAGAUGGAACGCCCUGCUUUAUGAACAACAGCAGAAACAUCUGUGUCAAUGGUGUGUGCAAGGAAGUGGGUUGUGAUUUUGGCAUUAAUUCUAAUGCUAAAGAAGACGGGUGUGGUGUUUGUCUGGGUGAUGGAUCCACUUGUGAGACGGUGAAGGAGAACUUUGUGGCGCAAGAUGGAUUUGGUUACACAGACCUGGUUUUGAUCCCUGAGGGAGCUCGGGAUAUCUUCAUACAGGAAGUGGAAGAGGCUGGGAAUUUCCUUGCGAUCCGAGCGGCUGAUUCAGAUGAGUAUUACCUCAAUGGGAAUUUCAUAAUUCAGUGGAACGGAGAGUACGAGGCAGGUGGAACAAAGUUUUACUACGAUCGGAUGGGUAAUAUGGAGAAUCUCACCUCAGCAGGACCAACAACUGAACCUGUCAUGAUCCAGCUUUUGUUCCAAGAAGCAAACCCCGGUGUCAAAUAUGAGUACACAAUUAAGAGAAGUCGCCCGCUGGGGAACGAAAUUCUGGAACCAGAGUACAUUUGGAAAUAUGGAGCCUGGACUGACUGCAGCACCACCUGUGGGCUUGGUGAGCAGCAUCAGCCUGUGCGCUGUUUUGAGCCAGAGGUUGGUGUGGUCGAGGAAACGCUGUGUGACCCCAGCACACGUCCUGAUGACAGGCAUCGCAAGUGCAAGAACAUGGACUGCCCUGCAAGAUGGUGGGUGGGAGGAUGGCAGACAUGCUCGGCUACAUGCGGUCCAGACGGAGUGAGAAAGCGCACCGUUCUGUGUGUGCGUACGGUGGCCGGAGAGGAGCGGGUUCUGCACCCUGGAGACUGUAAGCAGCUGCUCAAACCCAAACCUGUGGUACCCUGCAACCGAGACGUAACGUGUGGGUUCGAAUGGACUGUGGGGAACUGGAGCGAGUGCUCUCUGUCUUGCGAUGGAGGGAUAAAGUCCAGAGUUGUCAAGUGUGUGGCAAAACAACCCGGCCAGUGCAACCUUGCCAAUCGACCUCGUUCCACGAUCCUCUGUAACCUCCAGAGCUGCUCGUCCACUAACAGAUGGACAGGUUCUCCAUUCCGACCACGAUUCCGACCUAGAGUCCCUCCUAAAAUCCCCACGCAGGUCCCCGGGACCCAGACACCAGGAUAUAGCACCACUCUUGUGCCUCCAAACACCAUUACAACCAACACCUCUCCAACAUCCACAACAUCUGACAUCAUCCAUGAAGAUGACCAAGACUUUAUCUUGGUGAGGGACGAUCACAAAGGCAGUGAUGGUCCUGUAACGAUUCCCACAAAUACUGAGGAUGAGGAGGGAAGCACAGACCUGCAGCCUCCGGAUAAAAGCUACACGCCAGGUUAUGAUUAUAUAGUAGAAGAUCCAAACGGAGAAGAAAGGGCACAUGAGGAUAAUAUGUUUACCAGCAGGCCAGAAGAAGUCCCCACAUCCACUGUCCAAUCAUUGCGUACUAACAUCUCCACAACAAAACCAGACUCUACUAGAAGGACCCAAUACAGUGAUUAUUUGAGAACAUCCCCAGUGUUGCAGAAAACAACAAGCUCAUAUGAACCACAUACCACCCCAAACCCAACAGAGCCACAUUUGAAUACUCAAAGUCCACAAGCAACUGUUCUUACACUGAAGAUACUGAGAAAAGCCUCACAAACACCAAACAGUCCCAGCAAAGGCAAUGCUCCUAAAGCAGUCAGGCAGAAGCCAGAGACAGCGACGAGUGCACGAGAUCCCAUCAGUAGGAAUGUAUUUUGGAUAGUGGGCAACUGGAGUGAUUGCUCCACUACGUGUGGUCUUGGUGCGGUGUGGCGGUCAGUAGCCUGCAGCUCAGAGCGUGAGGAAGACUGUGCCAGUGUGAAGAAGCCAGAACCUGCCCGCCGCUGCAACCUGCGACCCUGUGCCACCUGGAAGAGUGGAAACUGGUCCGAGUGUCCCGAAGGCUGUGUGACUGAUAUGAAGCAUCGAGAAGUGCAGUGCAUCAACACUCAGAGCAGACGUCCACUGAGGCCUUUUCACUGUCAGGCUCUAUCAUACAAACCACACAGCAGUUUGCCCUGCAACACCCGGCCCUGCCUGCAGUGGAUGUCCUCACCCUGGGCAGAGUGCUCUAAAAGCUGUGGGCACGGAGUGAAGGAGAGACGUGUGCACUGCCCUGAGUACCAGCGCUGCAAUAUCACGCUCAAACCCAACAACACUGAGUCCUGCAAUCUGCGGCCCUGCACCAGCUGGGCCACUGAAGCCUGGGGUCAGUGCUCCAGAAGCUGUGGUGGAGGGAUGCAGAAGCGAGCCGUGUGGUGCAAAAAUGAGGAAUCCGGCGAGGAAGAAAAGAUGUCACUGUGUCCAAAAAACAAACCUGACAGUGUGCAGAACUGCAACCCAGAGGAGUGUAAAACUGAUUUAGGUCUAGUUUGUAAGAAAAACAGCAUGUCGACACGUUUCUGUGAGAAACUCAAGCUGCUGGGUCGCUGCUCGCUGCGCUCGAUCCGCAAGCAGUGUUGUGUCACUUGCAUGAUGUAACACUGCAGAGGUCAGGCUUGGGUCAUCGACCAAAAGCACAAACUACUGGACACACAGACAUCCCUCUCAAAUAUAGAAAAAUGUGGUUUUUACUUGAACAACGGAAUCCUAGGCGUUUGACUCUAUUUGUCUUAAAAUGUGAAUUGAAAUGCUUCCAGAAACAUCAAGAUUUAGUUACAGGAUUCAUCACCAGUUAGACAGUUAACAUGUAUGUUAGUUUUUGCACUCGUUUUGGACUUUUUAUCAUUGUUUUUCUUCUUUUUAACCCGAAAAGGUGUGUUUUGACUGGUUUACCAGUCAAGAACAGGUUGAACACGCAGCAAGACACCUGUCUUUACGGACCCUGAAACUGCCAAGAAACAAGCAAAAGUUUUUGCACUUACAGGCUGAUAUUCAGGUUAUCCAUUAAAAACAGUAGUUGUUAUUAUCUGAAAUGUCAUGUGACCACUGUCUGAUGUACAUUACACAACGCUUUCACAGUCAAAAUGUGCAGUUCUUAAAUUAGUGUAGUUUUACUAACUUAUUUUGCACAAAGCUGAGGUUAACUCAAUAGUUUUUUGUGGAUAUGUGUGCAAAAUUAUUAACUAAUUAACCCAAGUUGGUAUUAGAUAGUAUAUUAAUAAGCUGCAUGAAACAUUGAGGGCAUAAAUUUGAUUUUAGAUGGUUACAGUCUCACGUUGUUUUUGUUUUAUUUUAUUUGCUAUAAAAGAUCAUUUUAAUUUGCAUGGACAAAGCAAAUAACAUCACUAAUAUUUCAACAUAACUUAAAAAUUUUGUUUUUAUUUUAUUAGUUUUAAUUCAGUGAAUACUGUCAUUAAAAAAAAUGACCCGGAAAAAAAAAAUCUAUUUUUUGCUUUAAACAUAAGAUGACCUAAGUUUCAUCUUUAUAAAUGCAGAGAAAAUUAAAAAAGGAAAUGACUGAGAUGAGAAAUGGUACUUUAUAAACAGUAUGUAUUUGUAACUUAACUGGAUAGUGAGUGUUCUUGUCAUUCCGUGAAUCAUAUUUAGUGUUGUGAUGAAAAUGCAGGUACGAAUAUUUCAGGUACAAAAAAAAACAAUGCAGCCAGAAGCAUCAAAAUUUUUGAGCUUACAAAAGAUCCGGUCUACUUUAGUUUGCAUUUACCUAUUAUUGUUAUUUUAAUAAAAAUCACAUUUCUUACCACUUAACAAAUUAUAACCUUAAAUAGUUUUUGAAUUAAUCUUUACACAGGAUCUUAGAAACUUUUUACUCAAACAUUACUCACCCUCAGGCCAUCCAAGAUGUACAUGAGUUUGUUACUUCAUCAGAACAGAUUAUUUUUAUUUUUAUUUUAUUUUUUAACU